AUGGCAGACAUCGAGCACCUCAAAACUCUUCUCCGCGUUCAUCCCGACUUCCCUAAGAAGGGCAUCAACUUCCUCGACAUAUUCCCCAUCCUCCGAGACCCUGUCGCCUUCGAGUCGCUCAUCACACACCUCGUGUACCACCUGACCUCGCAGACGAUCCCGCGGUCGUCCUCGAAGAAGAUCGAUGUUAUCGUCGGCCUGGACGCGCGCGGAUUCCUCCUGGGCCCCAUCAUUGCGAUGCGACUAGGUGCGGCGUUUGUGCCGGUGCGGAAGCAGGGGAAACUGCCUGGGACUUGCGUAACGGCGACGUAUGAGAAGGAAUACGGUGCAGACUCUUUCGAAAUGCAGGAAGAGGGCAUCAAGCCAGGCCAGAACGUGGUCGUUGUGGAUGACCUUAUCGCAACUGGUGGGUCUGCAAAAGCAGCAGGACAGCUGGUCAACAAGCUCGGGGGCAACGUUCUCGAGUACCUCUUCGUCAUCGAACUGCCCUUUCUCAAGGGCACGCAGCAGCUCGACGCACCCGUCUACUCCAUGAUCCAAGCAGACGACUAG